AUGAGAAGGAGGAGAGCAUCCUGGGCAGCAUCCCCCUCCUGAGCUUCCGGGUGGCCGCAGUGCAGCCUUCGGACAACAUCAGCCGAAAACACACCUUUAAGGUCAGUUGGCCCUUCCUCUCCCAGGUCAGUUUAAGAAAAGGGGGGGAAUUUAGGAAACAAAAUUGCAAUUCACUGACUCCCAUUUCCAUUGCUACCUUCCUGCCCACCGUUCUCCACUCCUUUUUCCUUCCCAGUCUACCACCCCCUGCCCAGCUCCACGCUGGGCUGGGGUCACUUACAGCAUCUCCCUUGGUGUCCAGCAGCCACGAGAAGCCAGGCUCCGAGAACAUCCCACCUAGUAAACACCACCACCAGCCAUCCCACAACAGCCUCCCCAGGCCUGAGCCCGAGGCCAAGACUCGAGGGGAGGGUGACGGCCGGGGCUGCGAGAAGGCCGAGAGGAAACCCGAGAGGCCCGAAGUCAAGAGCGAGCCUCUGGUGAAAGCCAAUGGCGUCCAAACCGGACCGGAACCAGCCUCAGAGCCUGGCAGCCCUUACCCCGAGGGCCCGAGGGUCCCAGGGGGAGGGGAUCGGCCCGCCCAGCCCAACGGCUGGCAGUAUAGCUCCCCGAGCCGACCAGGGAGCACAGCUUUCCCGCCUCAGGACUCAGAGAGUGGGGGACACCAGCGGAGCUUCCCCCCGCGUGCCGACCCCGACAAAAUUGCCCAGCGCAAGAGCUCCAUGAACCAGCUUCAGCAGUGGGUGAACCUGCGCCGAGGGGUGCCCCCACCCGACGACCUUCGCAGUCCCUCUAGGUUCUACCCCGUGUCCCGCAGGGUCCCUGAGUAUUACAGCCCCUACUCCUCCCAGUACCCCGAUGAUUACCACUACUACCCACCAGGGGUGCGGCCGGACAGCAUCUGCUCGAUGCCAGCCUACGAUCGGAUCAGCCCACCCUGGGCGCUGGAGGACAAGCGCCACUCGUUCCGCAAUGGAGGCGGCCCUGCCUUCCAGCUGCGGGAGUGGAAGGAGCCCCCGGGCUACGGGCGGCAGGAUGGCACCGUCUGGCUCCCCGGCCCCUCCCCCUCCCGGCAGCCAGUCUAUUACGAUGAGCUGGAUGCCACCUCCAGCUCCCUGCGCCGCCUGUCCUUGCAGCCCCGCUCCCACUCUGUGCCGCGCUCGCCCAGCCAGGGCUCCUACAGCCGUGCCCGCAUUUACUCCCCCGUCCGCUCACCCAGUGCCCGCUUUGAGCGCCUGCCACCUCGCAGCGAGGACAUCUAUGCUGACCCUGCUGCCUAUGUGGUGAGGCGGUCCAUCAGCUCCCCCAAGUAUGAUUACCUGGGAGACAGGCGGCCAGUCCCUGCAGGACUGUUCCCCUACAACUACCCACCAUCCCCCACGGUCCACGAUAAGAUGGAUGAACUUUUAGACCUUCAGUUGCAAAGAAACCUAGAGUAUUUGGAUCAGCAGAUGAGUGAGAGCGAGACUCUCAUCAGUAUGGUGAACCGCAUGGUGGAGAGCUCCUCCCCCAGGGCCCAGAUCUUCAUGCAAGUCCCUCCGUACCCAGAAGUGUUCCGGGACGGUCUCCACACCUACAAGUUAAACGAGCAAGACACAGAUAAGCUGCUGGGCAAAUUGUGUGAGCAGAACAAGGUGGUGAGGGAGCAGGACCGGCUGGUACAGCAGCUCCGAGCUGAGAAGGAGAGCCUGGAAAGUGCCUUGAUGGGGACCCACCAGGAGCUGGAGAUGUUUGGAAACCAGCCUGCCUACCCGGAGAAGCUGCUGCACAAGAAAGAGUCCCUACAGAACCAGCUCAUCAAUAUCCGCGUGGAGCUGUCGCAGGCGACCACGGCCCUGACGAACAGCACCAUAGAGUAUGAGAGCCUUGAGUCAGAGGUGUCUGCCCUGCACGAUGACCUCUGGGAGCAGCUCAAUUUGGACGUCCAGAAUGAGGUGCUCAACCGGCAAAUCCAGAAGGAGAUCUGGAGGAUCCAGGACGUGCUGGAGGGGCUGAGGAAGAAUAACCCAUCCCGGGGCACCGACACGGCCAAGCACAGAGGAGGACUUGGCCCCACGGCCACCUACAGCUCCAACAGCCCCGCCAGCCCUCUCAGCUCCACCAGCCUCACCAGCCCCCUAAGCCCCUUCUCACUGGUGUCCGGCUCGCAGGGGUCCCCCACCAAGCCCGGGUCCAGUGAGGAGCCCGGCCCACCGCGGCCCCCCCUCCCCAAAGCCUACGUCCCCCUGGAGUCUCCUCCAAACGUGCCGCCACUCCCUAGCGAGAGCCGCUUCUGGCCAUACCCCAGCUCCCCUUCCUGGCACCGCAGUGGCGAGCCAGCCAGGGGUCAGCCCAAGGCAAGCCAUGAGCAGAGCAAGAAAGACCCCCACCAGACAUCACCCCUGGAUACUGCUAGAGACAACAGCCUUGUGCCCACCAGGCAAGAGGUGGAGGCAGAGAAGCAGGCAGCUCUCAACAAAGUUGGCAUUGUGCCUCCUCGGACAAAGUCGCCCGCUGAUGAAGCGCUAACUCCAUCAAGGGUGGUGAGGAGGAGUACCAGUGGGCUCACCAAUGGACUGUCCUCCCGGCAGGAGCGCCCUAAGAGUGCUGUGUUCCCUGGCGAGGGCAAGGUCAAGAUGAGCGUGGAGGAGCAGAUUGACCGCAUGCGGAGACAUCAGAGCGGCUCUAUGAAAGAGAAGAGGAAGAGCCUGCAGCUCCCGGCCAGUCCUGCCCCUGACCCUGCUCCCCGGCCCGCCUACAAAGUGGUGCGCCGUCACCGUAGCAUCCACGAGGUGGACAUCUCCAACCUGGAGGCAGCCCUGCGGGCAGAGGAGCCUGGUGGGCAGGCCUACGAGACGCCGAGGGAAGAAAUUGCCCGGCUUCGCAAAAUGGAACUGGAGCCCCAGCACUAUGAUGUGGACAUCAGUAAGGAACUCUCCACACCAGACAAAGUCCUCAUCCCCGAACGGUACAUUGACCUGGAGCCUGAUACUCCCCUGAGCCCCGAGGAGUUGAAGGAGAAGCAGAAGAAGGUGGAGAGGAUCAAGACACUCAUUGCCAAGUCCAGUAUGCAGAACGUGGUGCCCAUCGGCGAGGGGGACCUUGUGGACGUGCCCCAGGACUCAGAGAGCCAGCUGCAGGAGCAGGAGAAGCGGAUUGAAAUCUCCUGUGCCCUGGCGACCGAGGCCUCCCGCAGGGGCCGCAUGCUGUCUGUGCAAUGUGCCACCCCAAGCCCUCCCACCUCCCCUGCUUCCCUGACUCCACCAGCCAACCCCCUAUCGUCUGAAUCCCCACGGGGCGCCGACAGCAGCCAUACCAUGCGGGUCUGAGC